UGAUACCCUCUGACACUCCUUAAGAAUCCGGGGCGGUGGUUCCCGCGGAUAAGAAAGAAAGAAAGAAAGAAGAAAGAACAAGUUGGGGACGAAGAUGUGAAUUGGAUUUUUAGCAGAAUGGUUAGAAUGGACAUUUGGAGCGAUGGAAUUUAAUGCGAAUCUGCAAUUUGAGAUGGGAUUAGCGUGGCGGAAAAGACGAUUUAGCGUCUACGUGGUGGCAUAGUUGCGUGUUUUGAAUGAUCACUUGGCCCAUGUGGCGGAUUAAAUUGGAUUUGAUUGAAUUGUCCGUUGUGAAUUAUGUAUCGUUAUUGCGCCGUAUUAUCCUCAAAUCAACCUGCAAGCAAGCCCCUGAUCUUCAUCCGCAGUCAGCAUCUACAAACUCACUCCCAUGUUCAAUAGUGCAACAUACCCCAUUUUUAUUCUUUCAUCGUGUCUCUUUUCAAGCGGUACUCUUUCGCCUCCGCUGCAUCUCAGGGCGGAUACGCGCCUCGACAAACUCUCCAGCCUCAAGCGUGGCCAAGUCAUCAAUCUCGGAUGUCGACCGGCGGCGCGGGAACUUGAUGGUGCCCCAGAAGUCGGACAGGCGUUCCACCCUGGGCAUGGGGACCACGAAUGUUGAGAAGGAGAGGCCGAGCAUGGUGUUUUGUGUGAGUCGGGGAGGUCUUCUUAGUGGAGGUUGGGUCUGUGAUGGGGUUGUGAUUGGUGAUGUUCGCCUGGUCGAGGUUGAGGAUCGUCGAGAGUCGAGAGUCGAGAUGGAUUGAUUGACGCUGCUGAACACUCCACAACUGACGAGUGUCCCAGCCCGUAUUUAUACCCCAGCUGCCAUCCGCCUUCGAGGGGGGAAAGCAACGCGGUGACACGAGACA